AUGAAACACAAACUGCACGCCAGGACGAGGCUGUUCCGAAAGAAAUGGAAAAGAAAUGAUUUGGAUGGAAAUGAGGACCUGAUGCCGAGUCAUGGGGAAAGCGAGAGCAGCGGCGAGUUGGAUGGCGAGGGCGAUGGCAGCGCGAGCAGUCUCGAUGACGAUGACGACUCAAGCAGCAGUGAGGGAGAGGACGGCGGAAGCGACUCGGAAUGGGGAAUCAUGGAGCAGGAAAGCAGCGACGUGAGUGUGACAUUGGUGCAGGCUAAUGCCUGUGGUGGUGUUGGUGCUGGCGGUGCUGGUGCUGGUGGUCCAGUUCCGGUCUGGAUGGCUCCACCUUCGGACGACGAGAUUCAGAGCGUUCGGAUGGGAGGGAUUGAGCCCCUGCUCCGACUGGCCAACAAGUGGGUCUGGGGCAAAUGGCGUGUGUUCGGCAAUGAAGGAUUUCGACCCAACCAGAUGGAAGUGAUGAAGUCUACACUGUCCGGGCGGGAUGUAUUCGUGCUGAUGCCCACUGGCGGCGGUAAAAGCCUGUGCUACCAGCUGCCGGCUGUGGUCAGCCAGGGCGUCACUGUGGUGGUUUGUCCGCUGCUUUCACUGCAGACCCAGGACGAGGCGGUGUCGGUGCUGCGGGAGCUGUGCAAGGAGCGGCCUAGCUGUAAGCUGCUGUACCUCACACCCGAGGCGCUGGUCAAGGGAACCCGCGUCAAGGACCUCCUGGACCGACUGCACCAGCGUGGCCGGCUGGCGCGGUUCGUCAUUGACGAGGCGCAUUGCGUGUCGACCUGGGGCCAUGACUUCCGCCCUGACUAUGCGCAGCUGGGGCUCCUGAAGGUGCGAUACCAGGGAGUGCCUAUCAUGGCCCUGACAGCCACGGCCACGGAGGAGGUCAAACAGGAUAUCUUGCGCAAGCUUUCCAUUGACCGUACCGCCGCGACCUUCAAGACGAGCUUCCAUCGGCCCAACCUGGAUUUCAUUGUGUACGACAAGCCCGUUGGAAAAACUGAGGAUAACAAACCCGCGGACAUGGAGAUGCUGGUGGCGCACAUCACUCACAAGGGCGUCAACACUUCCGGUAUCGUCUACUGCUUGUCAAGGGAGGACUGCGAGGAUGUGGCGGGGUAUCUGAAUGCGAGGGACAUUCGCGCGGCCCACUACCACGCCGGCAUGACACCCAAGCAGCGCACACAGGUGCAGAACAAGUGGCGCGACGGCGAGAUUGCGGUGGUGGUCGCCACAAUUGCCUUUGGAAUGGGUAGCAAGGGCAACCGCGACGCAGCGAUGCGCCACUUGCAAGAGAUGGUCGAGUACUGCAAUGCACGAAGGCGAUGCCGACACCAGAUGCUCCUGCAGUAUUUCGCGGACAACUCCCUGUCGUCUGGCUGCGGCAAUCGGUGCGAUAACUGCAUGAACCGCAAUAACCGUGACUGGUCGUACAUGGAAAACGGUCAGGAGCUGGCGCCACCCCGCCAACCGCCUUGGAUGGCGGUACUGGACGAGUCGGAAGGCGGCAGUGGGGCAAAGGGCGGCGGUAAGGAGCGUGGGGGACGCGCGGCUGGCAAUGCGGCGGGGCGGAAGCGCCCCCCAGCUGCAGGUGCAGCGUCCGGGAACACGGGCUUUCAAACGGCAGCGAGCUUGAUGCAAUCGAAUGGUGGAACUGGUAAGAGGCAAGCCACGGGCAAGUCGGGGGCCUCGCGUUUUCAGACAGCAGCUGUGUUGCAUGGCGUUGCCGCCAAUAGUGCCAAGUCAACUGGUGUGCACGCACCUAGCCGGCCCAAGCCCCAGCAGUUGGGCUUUGCACCCAUGGUCACCGGCUACAACGAUGCCCGCACGGGAGCGGACGCGGGUCCUGCUGCGGCAGCACGCAAUCCCUUCAUGCGCCUGGGUGCUGGCGGUGGAGCGGGUACGGAGAGCGUAGAGGCGCUGCCGCCACGGAUCAGCGCUGCUGCGGCGGCUGCGAACGCCGCUAUAAUGCGAGCGGGAGCAGUGCAACAUGGCAGUGCGUCGGCAGCACCGGCAGCAGCAGCCGUAGCGGCUCCAGCAACUGGAGGCCCCCCGCGGAAGCCGGUUAUUAGUGCCCGAGCGCAUGCCAUGCAAGCAGCCAGCGUGCGCUUGCGCCGACAGCAGCAGGCGAUUGCGCAACAGGAGAUCGCGGCAGUGCAGGCAGGCCGUGCUGCGGUUGUUACAUCACUGAUUGUGGACGACAGCUAACAUAGGAUGGCGUGUGCUGCAUUUCCCCGCUGGAUCUCGCAAAUGACUUGACCGCAGGUUGGACUGGAAGGUAUCAGCAUUGGCUCUGAUGCAUAAGUACACAAGAACUGGAUGUGGUUGUGUCCCUGUGUAUUGGAGCGUAGAACUGCUUUAAUUUUCUUACACGUGACGGUUGGGCCCCGCUAAUUGCCUGCUCUUGAGCUAGGGAGCCGAGCACGUGAUCCUCGUACCUCCCUUAACGUAUUAUACAAACGAGGGGUACCUGCAUACAUAGUCUUGUACUCACCUUAUACGAGGUACCCAUAGGCGACUUGAUCUACAAAGACAAGUACUGUGUCCGGAUUUGUUUCCC